AUGGACAGUAGCAAUGAAACUAGCAAUGAAACUAGCAAUGCAAGUGGCAGUGACAAUAAUGCUUGUUUUCUAAGCGAUGAAGAAAUCAAUCAAGCUUAUAACCUGACACUUCAUAUCGUCUCGGUCUUUGUUCUCCUAGUGGUUUCCUUCGUUGGAGCGUCUUUGUCUGUAGUUUCGAACCGGUUCAAAGCUCUUCGUAUCAAUCCAAUUGUCCUCAACUUCGGAAAGUUUUUUGGCAGCGGUGUGGUGUUAGCCACUGGAUUUGUGCAUAUUCUACCAGAUGCUAUGGAGACAUUGACUGAUCCUUGUUUACCUGACUCGUGGAAUGUGUACGGAGCGUAUGCUGGGCUAUUUGCUAUGUUAGGUAUUCUUGGAAUGCAGUUGAUAGAGUUUCUUGCACACGAAAAAUAUCGUUCGAUGACUUUGAAACAUUCUCAUGGGGUGGAAAGCACGAAUGUGAAAGCGCCGGCAGAGAAGACGGAAGAACUUGACAGAGCGUCACAAGCUAACAGUGAUAGAGGUCGGACGAACUCUAUAUGGCACACGCACCACUCACAUGGCGGACAUGCCCAUGCACAUACGCCCGAGGUACAUUAUCAUCAUCAGCAUCAACAUUCGGAGAUAAUUCAAGUGAAACCUCCAUUAACAUCAGUCGAAGAAGGCGCAGAAUCGAACCAUCAUCAUCAUGGCUUAGCGCUUCAAAACAGUGGACAUAGCACCAAAAUAAGUACUUACCUAUUGGAAUUUGGUAUUGCACUUCAUUCCAUCUUGAUUGGACUAACAUUGGGAACAGCAACAGAUUCAUUUGUUGCUCUAUUUAUUGCGCUUUGUUUUCAUCAAUUUUUCGAAGCAAUUGCACUUGGUGCACAAAUUGCUAAUUUGAAAUCAGCAUCAAUCAAGUCUGCCAUUUUUAUGGUUAUAUUCUUCUCGCUAACGACCCCUAUUGGUAUUGCUAUUGGCAUCGGUAUACAUUCUGGAACAUAUAAUCCCAAAUCUGUUUCCUAUUUACUGUCCACUGGUAUACUAGAUUCAUUUGCUGCUGGUAUUCUUAUUUAUGUAGCUUUAGUUAAUUUAAUAACAGCCGAGAUGGGUGUAAAUGCUCAUGGAUUCAAUCGUUUAAGUAAACGAUUAAAAUUUGCCUAUUUCGUUGCUUUAUAUUUGGGUGUAGCCGCCAUGGCUGUUAUUGGGCGAUGGGCUUAA